GGCAGCAGCCAGCCAGUCAGUCCACAGUCGCUCAUCCGGCGAGACUUCAUCCACUCCUGUUGGAUGCCGGUCGCGCGAUUUCAAGAUAUCCAAGAAGACGACAACGUGCGUGCUCGCUCACCUGACGCCGUCACACGCGCGCACGCAGGCAGGAGUCCUUCUUAUGGAAUUGGCCUAUUUUCCCCCUUUGUGGAUGCGGUGAACCCCCCUUUUUUGCAUAGCAAUCAGCUGGAUAUACCCGGAGGCGCGCGCGUGCACGAACCUCCAAUGAAUGUGUAGCUGAGCCAUGUCUUUGAGAAGCCAAGAGUCGCCACGGCGGCCCGGUGGCCCCUCUUUUAAGUGUCUCAUCUUCUUAGCCAUGGUCUUGCCCGCCUCCGUCCUUGGGGCGUUGGAGCUGCAGCUGGACGAGGAGCAGCCUGCGGGCACGGUGGUCGGGGACAUUGGUGCUGGCUUGCCGCCCGGCGAGACUGCCGGCCUUUACUUCAUCUCCGACCACGAAGGGACAGGUGUUGGCGGGGACCUAAAUAUCGACGAGACCACCGGGAUCAUCACUACAGCGCGUCGGCUUGACCGGGAGCAGAGGGACCGCUAUAGCUUCAUCGCCGUCACCGUGACUGGUGUCACCAUCCAAGUUUCUGUCACCGUUAACGACAUCAACGACCAUGCGCCCCAGUUUCCUAAAAGCAAAGUGCUUCUCAAGAUCCCUGAGCACACCGUCCCGGGGACCCGCUUUUCCCUGGAUCCGGCCGCUGACGCAGACAAAGACCAGUUCACCACACAAGGCUACUCCAUCCGGGAGGGAAACGUUGGCCAGGUGUUCAGUCUGGAGACCAAGAGGGCCGCUAACAAGGCGCUGUAUCUUGACCUAGUUGUCAAUGGACUCCUGGACCGGGAGAAACGCUCCGGUUACACCUUGGUCAUAGAGGCUUUUGACGGGGGUUCGCCCAGGAGGGUAGGCUCCAUGACCCUGGAGGUUGCUGUGACUGACGUCAACGACCACACACCAGUCUUCAACCAGAGUCGAUACCACGCCGUCAUAUCUGAGAGUCUUCCCCAAGGAAGCAGCAUCCUACAGGUCUUUGCCACUGACCAGGACGAGGGCGACAACGGUCUGGUCCUGUACGAGAUCAAUCGGCGGCAAAGCGACCCUGAGCGCUACUUUGUCAUGGACCUGAAAUCUGGCGUCAUCACGCUGAACAGACCAUUGGACUACGAGCUGAAGAGAGUGCAUGAGUUGGUGGUCCAGGCCAGGGACAACGCCAGUCACCCGGAGGUGAGCAACGCUUUUGUGACCAUUCACGUGCGGGACUACAACGACAACCAGCCCACCAUGACCAUCAUCUUCCUGAGUGAGGACGGCUCCCCAAGGAUCUCGGAGGGCGCCCAGCCGGGCCAGUACGUGGCCCGCAUUUCCGUCACUGACCCGGACUACGGCGAGUACGCCAAUGUCAACGUGUCCCUGGAGGGCGGCGACGGCAAGUUUGCUCUGACCACAAAGGACAGCAUCAUCUACCUGAUCUACGUGGACCAGGAACUGGACCGUGAGGAGCGCGACUCCUACGACCUGCGGGUGAUGGCCACCGACUCAGGCACGCCCCCCCUCAGGGCCGAGUCCUCCUUCACCAUCCGGGUGACGGAUGUCAACGACAACCCGCCUCUUUUUGACCAGCGGGCCUACAGGCAGAGCAUUCCAGAGGCGGUCUACCCGGGCUCUUUCGUCCUUCAGGUCACAGCCCGAGACAAGGACCAGGGCCCCAACGGGGAAGUCCGCUACAGUCUCCUCAAAGGCGCCGACUCCCGCUGGGACUGGUUCUCGGUGGACCCGCUGACGGGGAUCAUAACCACGGCCGCCGCCCUAGAUUUCGAAUCGGAGCCUUCGCCAGGCGUGACUGUGGUGGCCACAGAUGGCGGGCGACCACCUCUCUCUUCCACGGCUCGAGUGGACGUGUUGCUGCAGGACGCCAAUGACAACACACCCGUCUUCUCCAAGAGCUUUUACAAUGCCACUGUGGAGGAGAACGCCCCGGUUGGGACCUGCUUCCUCCAGGUGUCCGCCACAGAUGGCGACCGCGGUUCCUUUGGUGCCGUUUCCUAUGAGUUAGUCUCCAGCGGUGCGGCGGCGUCCGCUCUAUUCACUGUUGACAAGGAGAGCGGACAGCUGUGCACCAGCAGCGUCAUCGACCGCGACGAUGGGCCCGGCGCUUUCGAGCUGACGGUCAUUGCUACAGACGGGGGCGGACUUAGCUCGGUGGUCACCGUGAGGGUGUCGGUGGCGGACGUCAACGACAAUCGGCCCGCCUUCUACCCAGUCCUCUAUGCUGUCAGCCUGAGUGCCCACAGUGCCCCUGGCACCUCCGUGGUCAGGGUGAUGGCCCACGAUCCUGACGCCGGGGAGAACGGCCGUGUGGCGUACCAAGUGGCGCCGGGAGGAGGGUCUUCCUUUUUCACCCUCAACAAGGACACAGGUGUGAUAUCCCUUUCACGCUCACUUCACGGCAAAGCCAACUCGAUCAUCUCCAUGGUGAUAUCAGCUCAAGAUGGCGGUGGCUUGCGCGCUUCGGUGGAUGCCCAGGUCAAUGUGAGUGUGGUGGGGGGUUCUGUGCCGUCACCAGUCUUCGAGCAGCCACAGUACUUCUUCACCGUGUCCGAGGAUGUUCUCCGGGGCACAGCAGUGGGAGUGGUCCGAGCCACAACUAAGACAGCUCUUUCCAAAGACAUUUCCUAUUCCAUCUUCUCCGGGGAUCCAGAUGGCUACUUCACUGUGGAUGGCCUGACGGGAACCAUUCGCACCGCCCUCCCCCUGGAUCACGAAACCUGCCCGAGGCUGGACCUGGAGGUCCAGGCGCGCUUCGGCUCCCCUCCCUCGUUCGGGACUGGGCGAGUGCGAAUAUCCAUCUCGGAUGUCAACGAUAACGCUCCCAAAUUCAUACCCUCGUCGUCUGAGUCCCUCCUUUUGCCCGAGGUCACUAAGAUGGGAACAGUCAUCUACCGUGUUCAGGCCUCGGACGAGGACUCUGGUCAUAACGGUCUGCUUAGUUUCGAUUUGGUGUCCACCGGGGUCGCGGGCAGCAGCGGCCAGAGGACUUUUGCCGUGGAUCGAGGCAGCGGGGAGUUGCGGUUGAUCGGGGCUCUCUCCUAUGAGAGCAUACCCCGCUACGACCUUCAGGUGGUGGCCAAAGACGGCGGUGCACCUCAGCUGAGCUCCACUUUUACCUUGGUGGUUCACAUUCAGGCACAGGAUGCUCAGGGCCCUCACUUUGACACUCUGACCUACCGUGUGGAGCUUCGAGAGAACUCACCUUUGGGCACACGUUUCCUCCAGGUUCGAGCUCUCAACAGAGACGGCUCCGGGAACGGCGGAAGUGCUUCUUCUUCCGAAAUUUCCUAUCGCCUUCGGCCGGACGGCGAUGCAGCCGGCUUUGGUGUCGCGCCCGAUAGCGGUUGGCUGUUUGUGCGAAGCUCUCUGGACCGUGAAGUCAAGGACAUGUACCUGCUGACCGUGGUCGCCACCUCUGGCCGGGGGGGGACAGGAAGGACCGGCAGUGCCACCGUCAGGGUGACAUUGACAGACGAGAAUGACAACUCCCCCAAGCUCACUCAGGACAGGGUGUUCCUGGCAGUGCGGGAAAACUUACUGGCAGGGACGGGCUUCGGAAGGGUUUCCGCAACGGAUCGAGACGCGGGACCAAAUGCUCGACUUUCUUACAGGCUGCUGCACGCUGACAAACACUUUCAGAUCAACUCACAGACAGGAGAAAUUAGCACUCGCCAGGCUCUGGACCGAGAGCGGCAGUCUAGCUACCAGUUGGCGGUGGUGGUGCAGGACAGCGGCACGCCUCCUCGCAGCGCCACCGGCACUGUCCACAUCAGCGUCCUGGACGAAAACGACCACGCUCCUAGAUUCACCCACACCCGACCCGACCAGGAGCUGAUCUUUAAGGUAAAGGAGGCGAUUCCCUCUGGGGCCGUCUUGGGCGUCGUGUCUGCCAAGGAUCCGGACGAAGGAGAAAACGGCACCGUCUACUACACUUUAACAGGCUCCAGAGCGGAGCGCUUCUCCCUGAAUGCCGCCACCGGGGAGCUCCGAACCGCCGCCCCGCUGAGGUGGGAGGAACGCGCUGAGUACGCCCUGACUGUGACCGCUGCCGACCACGGAACGCCGAGCCUCAGCUCUGCCUGCCAGCUGCGGAUACAAGUUUUGAGCUCUGCCAAAUCCUCCCCGAAGCCCAACGUGCUGUCCAUGACAUUGAAUGUGGUUGAAGGUGCUCUUCCAGGCUCCGUGGUGGGUUCAGUGCACCAACCCGAAUGGGCCGUCCCAGACGGUCAGGUCACGUACUUGGUAGUGGGCGGCACAGACCGAGACGGGACCUUCAUGGUGGAGCGCUCCAAGGGAGACGUAUACCUGGUGCAGGAGCUGGACUAUGAGAAGGGUUCUGAGUACACGCUGCACAUAGAGGUGUCGGACUUCUCCCGAGUCUUUCCCAGUAGUCACCUGGUGAAACUAAGCAUCCAGGUGCAGGACAGCAACGACCAUUCUCCGCAGUUUACGGAAGAUCCUGUCACCAUCGUCAUCCCUGAGAACCUGCAGCCAGGAGCUUCCAUAUACACCUUCCGAGCUUUGGACAAGGACGGCAGCGGUCCCAACAGUGACGUGCGUUACUCCAUGGAGCACUACUGGCCAGAGAAAGCCCACUUUCUCAAACUGGACCCUGUCAGCGGCGUUCUCACCUUGGGGGAGUCACCAGACCGCGAGACCAGUCCGUCGCUUCACCUUGUGGUCAGGGCCACUGACCAAGCAGUGGAACUUUCGCAGAGGCGUUGGGCUUCAGUCACGGCACGGGUGUUUAUCACCGAUCAAAACGACAAUGCGCCUCUCUUCUGUUCGCCGGCAGCCGUCAGCGUUACAGAAGAUCAGCCCGUUGGCUUUGUGAUUUUGCACGUGAUGGCUCGGGACACGGACGAGGGCGAAAACGGCCGGGUGUCAUACAGAAUCCAGUCCGGAAACGGCGCUGGUCGCUUCAGUCUAAACCCAAUCACCGGCUCUCUGUCCAUUCUGAAAGCUCUGGACCGAGAGGAGCAGGAGGUUUUCAACUUGACGGUGGUGGCAGAGGAUGGCGGAAGGCCUUCCCUCUCCACCUCCCAGCUCCUCCACGUGCAGGUGAUGGACGUCAACGACGAGGCUCCGCUCUUCCAGAAGACAGUGUUUGAGACUCGGGUUUUGGAGAACCAAGGGCCCGGCACCACGGUGCUGACUGUAGCGGCCGUCGACAGAGAUCAUGGGUCCAAUGGACACGUUACCUUUGGCGGUGUGACGGAGGACGGUUUUGUCAUCAACCCAUCAACUGGCGUCAUCACAACCACCAAGGAGCUGGACAAGGAACACAGGGAUCAGUACAUUCUCACCGUGUACGCCCAGGAUGGAGGUCUUCCCCCUAACUUUGCCAAGGCCACGGUGCGAGUCGAGGUUGAGGACGUGAACGACAAUGCCCCGGUCUUUUCUCAGCCGUGGUACGGGCUGGAGGUGCCUGAAAACCAGGCCCCUGUGGAGCUGUGUUUCCUCAGAGCCACAGACCCAGACUCAGGUGCUGGCGGGGAGCUGGAGUACAGGAUUACCGCCGGAGACACAGACGGGGAUUUCCAUCUCCAUGCCAGCACGGGAGCCCUGUCCACCCAGCGGGGCCUGGACAGGGAGACCAAGGCUGAGUAUACCCUGGAAGUGACGGCCAUGGACCGAGGGAGCCCGCCUCUCAGCACUGCGGUCACGGUACACGUCAGGGUGCUGGACGUCAACGAUAACGCCCCCAUUUUUGGCAAGGCCAGCUACAGUGCCGAAGUUUCAGAAGACGCUGCGGAGGGAUCACAAGUCCUAACGGUUUCGGCCAUGGAUGCUGACGUGGACGCCAACGGGAAAGUUCUGUACUUCCUCAGCCACGAAGCUCACGGCGCGUUUACGGUGAACGAGCAUAGCGGACAAAUCAGCACGUCAUUCCCACUGGACCGAGAAAAGCAAGCGUCCUACACCUUCCUGGUAUUUGCCACCGACCUUUCCCCGGCAUCGCCCAGGAACUCUUCAGCACAGGUGACCAUCACCAUCACGGACAUCAACGACAAUGCCCCCGUCUUCAUACAGGACCCGCUGGUCAUCGAGGUAUCCAGCAAGAGGUCCCAGCGGGUCUUGGCUACCAUGAAAGCAGAGGACAAGGACUUUGGGGCCAACGGCUCCGUGUUUUAUCGUUUCGCUGCCCCAGUGAAAGGCUUCAGCAUUAACUCUUUGACUGGUCAAAUCCAAGCCACGGAGCCUUUGGACUCCCUGUCCCAAUCCCAGCGGACCCUCAUCGUGGAGGCAAUGGAUCAGGGUACCCCGGCCCAGUCUUCGCAGGGGGUGGUGGUCAUCUACGUGAAGGAGGUGGAGUACAAUGGCAUUCGCUUCUCCAGGAACGCCCGGGACGUCAGCAUACAGGAGAAUGCGGCUAAAGGCACAGCUGUGGCUCAGGCGCAGGCCCAAUAUCCAGAUGGAAACCGCGAGGGGAUCAGCUACAGCAUCUUUAGUGGGAACAGACAGCAAGCCUUCAGAAUCAGCUCCUCUACAGGAGAAAUCUGGGUGCAGAGCUCGAAGGUUCUGGACUUUGAGGACACACCAAGACUGCGGCUGGUGGUCAAAGCUGAAACUCCAUCUUCCAUCUCCUUCACUGGCAUUAACUUGAUACUGCAAGAUGUCAAUGACAACCUGCCUCGCUUCCAGCUACAAAACUACGUGGCUUACAUGAGGGAGGCUCGGGGAUACGAAACACCCAUCAUACAGGUGAUGGCCGAGGAUGUGGACCAGGGCCAGAAUGGUCAAGUGACUUACUCCAUUCAAUCAUCGGGCAUGAGUGGCUUGUUUAAGAUUGAUCCGGUAACAGGGAGUAUUACCACCACAGCCAUCAUGGAUCGUGAGAUCUUUACCCAGACCAAGCUCGUAAUAACAGCAACUGAUAGGGGAAGUCCAAAACUGGCGGGUUCAGCAACUCUUACUGUGAUCAUCAUAGACCAGAAUGACAACAGUCCCACUAUUCCCCUGCCUCAAGAAAUUCGCAUCUCAGAGAACACAUUAAUAGGCACUGAGAUAACUCUGGUGACGGGUAACGACGUGGACUCUGGUCCAGCCCUGGCCUACUCCUUGCAUUUGGACCCAAGCGCCACGGGCAAAUUUGGCAUUCACCGCUUCACGGGAGGCGUUUCACUCACCGCCCCGCUGGACUUUGAGGAGAAGACUUGGUACACACUGACGGUCAGAGCCACUGACAGCCAGCACUACACUGAGGCCAACAUUACUAUCCUGGUAGAAGAUGUCAACGACAACGUACCGGCUUUCACCCAGGACCUCUAUCAGGUGAACCUACCAGAGCACACGCCCGCUGGGAGUGUGGUCGUCAUGGUAACGGCGACUGACAGAGAUUCCGGAGAGAACGGAAGGGUCACCUACAGCGUGAUGUCCUCUACUCAGGAGGGCUUCUACAUUGAUCCCGACAACGGAACAUUGUUUAUCAGCCAUCAAGCAGAGUUCGAUCCAGAACGCCCUACUGUCAAUGUGGUCAUCGAAGCCCGUGACGGGGGUUCGCCGCCGCAUUCCGCUCUUGCCACUGUCCAGGUUCAAAUUGCCGAUGUAAACGACAACGCACCUGUAUUCCACCAAUCAGAGUACAGGGCGAUGGUUUCCGAAGACACUGUCCCGGGGGUGACGAUUUUGACAUUUGAGGCCUUCGACAGCGACCUGUCCCGGGAAAACUGCGGCUUCAACUUUGCUAUUGCCAACGGCGAUGAUGGCAACGCUUUCCAAAUGGAGAAUAGCGUACACUUCCUGGAGGGCCGCGGUUUCCAAACCGUUGGGACAUUGCUCUUAGCGGAGGUUCUGGAUUUCGAAGUCAAGCCCAUGUACAACCUCACCGUGGUGGUGUCUGACCGCGGCGUCCCCCGGCGGAGCUCCAGCGUGGCAGCUGUGAUUACAAUCGGUGAUGUGAAUGACAACCCACCAGUUUUCAGCAGGGCGGAAUACAUGGUGGCAUUGAGCGAGGGAGCCGCUGCCGGGACCGAGAUAAUUCGACUGACUGCUACAGAUCCAGAUUCAACACCUAACGCGGAGGUCCGGUACGCUAUCAGUUCUGGGGAUGAGGUUGACCUAUUCACCGUGGACGAGUGGACUGGAGCCCUGCGACUUCAGCGGGCCUUGGAUCGCGAGCGUCAGUCCACUCACACGGUUGUUAUCCAGGCCACAGACGGUCAAGGACAUUUCGCCCUGGUUCCCGUGCUUGUGGAAGUAAAAGAUGUCAACGACAAUCAUCCUUUCUUCCCGGUGGAAGUCCUGACUGCAAGUAUCAGGGAGAAUCAACCGGCAAAUUCUGCUGUGACCGUUCUCCACGCUAUCGACCACGACACGGGUGUCUUUGGCCAGCUGAGAUAUUUCAUGGAGCGAUCGCACGCAGCAAAAGACUUUUCUGUGGAUUCUGCCACUGGAGAAAUCCGGAGUAAGCACCCCUUUGACUUUGAGAAGAUGAAUUCUUUCAACUUUGUGGCACUGGCAGUCGAUGCGGGAAACCACUCUGCCACUGUGACGGUGCAGGUCUUUGUCACGGGUGAGGACGAGUACGACCCACUUUUCACGUCCUCAGAAUUCUCCUUUGAGGUCCCAGAGGAUGCCAGGAAAGGUCAGAGCAUCGGCCAAGUCCAGGCGCACGACGAGGACGGAGGCGUAGAUGGGAUCGUCCUCUACUCCUUCCCCACGGGCUCUCCAUAUUUUGAGGUCAACAAAACUACCGGCGUUAUUUUCCUCAAGCUGGACAGCUCUGGGAGCAAACGUGGCAGCGGAUCUGGUCAGGGCAAAAGGGAAAGCAGAAUGAUGACCCUGGACGUGAGAGCUCACAGUCCUCUGGACGCAUCUCGCCACGCAACGGCGCGCAUCUCCAUCGACGUCACAAACACAGGUUUUGGCUUGGCCCCCGAUGUCAACAUCCUACUGAUUAUCGUUAUCGCCGUAUCACUGGCCGUGAUCGUUCUGCUGGUGAUCACGGCGACAGCGGUGUUUCUGGUCAAGUCGCGGAGGAGGAAGAAAGCCCAGAAUGGCCCAAAUAAAAUCUCAGUCUCGGGAACCGUUCAGAAGAAUCUGGACGACCGUGGUCCGGGACAAGGAGGGGAAAGAAUCUAUCACCAAGCUUUGCCGGGCUACGGUGGAGAACAGGGGAGUGGCGGGGGUCCGUACACGAGAGGAGGCUCUUUGGAUCCCUCUCACUCCAGCGGGAGAGGAUCCGCCGAGGCAGCGGAGGAUGACGAAAUCAGGAUGAUCAACGAGUACCCUCGCGUGGCCUCUGUCAGCUCGUCCAUGCAGGAGCACAUCUCUGCCAGAGGACCGGACUCUGGGAUUCAGCAGGAUGCCGAUCAGCUCUCCGACGUCUCCUGCGAGCCUGCGACUUUGGAAGGCAGCACUUGGUUCAAAGGCAAGAAACUGGGUGGCGGUCUGAGCGGGACUUUGCUGUCCGGUCAGCUACCGGUCUACAGGGACGAGGGGGGCGGCUACCUGGGAGUGGGUCGGGGCCUUAAUAUUUCCCUCCCCAAGGAUUACGCCUUCCCUGAGGACGGUAAACCGCAAGUGGACGGUUCUCUCACGGCUAUUGUGGCAAGUGACGAGGAGCUCCGUGGAAGCUACAACUGGGACUACUUGCUCAACUGGUGCCCCCAGUUCCAGCCCCUGGCCAACGUCUUCACAGAAAUCGCCAGACUAAAAGACGAGACGGCCCAGCAGAACCCCAACCUGCGCCAGCCUUUCCAACCCAAGCCCAAAACGGAGCCCAAACCCAGAAUUGACCCACCACCGCUCAUCACCUCGGUCGCCCACCCGGGGGCCAUGUCGGUGCCGCCCAAAGUCCCUACAAUAGGUCGGCCAUUCCCCCACCUGGCGUCUCUCCGCCGCUCCCCCAUCAGUCACGAGGGUUCCAUUUCGUCGGCGGCCAUGUCGCCCAGCUUUUCGCCCUCGCUCUCUCCAUUGGCGGCGCGCUCUCCCGCUGUCUCCCCUUUCGGUGUCAGCCAGGGGCCCUCAGCGUCCUUGAUCAGCACCCGGGAGCCCUCGUUGGACCGGAGUCCUGAUCACGAGAUGAGGAUAUAAAAAAAGGACUAUUUCUAAAACUAUUUCUUGCUUUUCAUUCUUGCCACUAUUUCUGUGAAUCGGUGCUCAGCGUGGCAACAGAGGCGCCCCCUGUGGUGGGGCUCUCAAACAUUUGCAGUCCAGGGACCCCCUUACUCAUGAGAAAUAUUUUGCCAACGUAAGAUUUAAUGCCAUGAUACUUCUCAGAAUGUUUGACUGGUCCUAAGCGAAAGCAGAGUGGAAUCAUUGUUUGAUUUUGUUGGUCUUAUGGGGGUGACAGUCCCCGUAUGGCAGUAAACUAUUCAGUCAUGUAUUGUUCCCGGAUUCCAGUUUGAGAAUCUGGUCUACUGGACCACCCAGUGUGCUUUGGAUGGUGGUUGGUUGCCUCGCUGGCUGGCCAGAGAGCACCUUGUCCCCAGUCAAACAAAUGAUUGCCAAUUGAUCAUUAUUACAUGCCACUGUUUGUCUGAUUUUGGACUUGAAAUUUUGAUUGGAAUUUGUGCAUAUAUGUGUAUACUUGGAUGUAUGAAGACUAGGCUGUGUGCAUUGUUAGCGCCUCAGAGACGCAAAUGUGUUUGUUAGCGUUAUUUAUAUGAACUAAAGAGGAGAGGGUUUUCUAGUUUGUUGUUUAUUUUGCAGUUUCAGUGGGAUAAAUCACCUCGGUGUCUUUAAUAUCAAAGUGCUUCCUGCAAUGAUGAUGACCACGUUCGUCUCAACACAAAGGGAAAUAUGCAAAUAUCAUUACACAUCAUCCCGACGACAACAACAUGGUUUGGGUUUAGGCUUGGCUUAGUUUUUAACUCAUCAGUUGCCAUUGACAUUGCCAGAAGUCCAAUCCAUUUGAAGUGGAAGAGUUGACAGCAGAUAAACAAAUGACAAUUGGAUGUCUAUCACGUCAAUGGCAAUGAAAAAGGACCGUAUUUUUCUCCACCUCCAUCUCAUUUGCAUAUUACAAUAAUGUAUUUUCUCAAGUUUUGGAAAAAGAGCUGUAACGUACUGUACUCAUGUUUAGAGCAAAUAAAGAAACAAAAUAAAUCCCCCACUGAUCCCUUUUGAAAAAAAAAAAUAUUUUCCCUUCUUUGUAGACUCAAACAAAAAUCACAUGUUCCGGGAAUGAUAGAUUUUUUGGAAGACUUAAAAAAAAAAAAAAAAAAAAAAAAAAAACGUAGCUAGCAACAAGGGUACCAAUAUGUCCACGUGUUGUGCACACGUGCCCUUAACUGGCAACAGUGUUUUCAUUAACGAUGACUAUAACAAAAAUAUUUCAGCAACACACAAUUUUUUCAUGACGUAGACGAUACAAUAACGACAUAACAAGACUAAUGCCAGUUUUUGUCUGACGAGACAACAAUGAAACGAAAAUGCGCCAUAGUUUCCGUUCACAAUGUGUGACAUUUUACGUGUAGUUAGCCUGCAUCGUAGCAGUAUCCGGUUGUGUCACUCAUUUGACGUGCUGCUGCUCUCCAGUCUCCAGGCUUGCACACACGGUAAGAUUAGUUUUCUUUGCCAGAGAGAAUAUGCAAUGUUGUUUGAGCCUUUAAAGGUCUAUGCUGAGUGAUCAUUACACGCUAAAUGUAACUCAUAGCGUUAGCAUAACAUUGGCAUUCAAUGCUAUGCUAUGCUCACGUUAGCAUUAGGCUAACGCUAAUAAGCAGCGUUGUCUCUGACAACUUUUUUUACAUACAGUUCGUGGCGUCCAGGUGGGUAUAAUUAAUUAAAAAUAAUAUACAAAGUUGGCGUUGUCCUUGUAGACGCUACAAUACAUGCUUGUCGGCCAAUGUUUAUUUGAAAUAGUUGGAAACCUUUUACAGACGAAAACAUUUUGUUAAGGUAGACCAAAACUACACGAAAUUAGUCUUGAGUUUUCGUCAACAAAAGUAGACGAAGACAAACACAUUUUGAAAUGACUAAAAUAUGACCAAGUCAAAUACGUAUUAUCACCCAGAAGACUAAGACUAAAACAAAAAUUAAAAGGGCUGCCAAAAACAACACUGACUGGCAAAUUCCGAAUCCUACAAGAGUAUGCUCUCCGCUGGUUAACUCCUUCAUAAAAUGCCACAAUUAAUUAAACAGCCCUGACAGGAAAAAAAAAUGAAAAAUCGGGCUCCAAAGAUCGACAGGCACUGGCCAAUGCUACACAGCGAGGGCGUAGGUUUGUUCUCAACAUUGGUCGGGACGAUAUAGCAGCAUACCCUGCAUGUACACUUUUUGCUGGGGACGGGACAUUCAUAAUGAUCAAUGCAAAAUAAAUCUGUAUUGAUUUAUACUUUUAUGUGUAUUGGUUCAGCUACACUGUUCAAUUCAAACCUUUGUUUUCAAAAACUACUAAAGAAAUAUUUUGAAAACUUCCAGGAAAAAAAUGUCCGGAUUUUAAGAGGAAAUUUAAUUUGCAUUAUUUGAACAUAAAUUAUAUUAACAUACAAAAUAAAUACAAAUUUGUUAAUUAUCUUUUAACGAUCUAGCAAUUAAAAAAAUAAUAAUCUCUUAACAGUCCAGG